AUGUCUUUCAGAAUUGACGACCGCGACUCCAUAGUAUCAUACUCCAAGCCUGCGGUUGGAGGACACUGGAGCUCUCAAGGGUCCAGCACUUCUUAUCAGUCGACUCUCAGCCUCACCCGUACUCGGAAUGCCCAUGCGUCAGUGUCUUUUACCGGGACCUCCAUCUCCGUAUACGGCCUGGUGUCACCUAGCGGUACCGGAAAUAUUCAAUCAAGCAGUUAUAGCGUCGAUGGAAGCAAGACCGAGGUAUAUAUGGCAAGACCGAUUGAAAGAACUCAAAGCCAAGUUCUUUUCUACGACUCCGGCCCCCUCGUCGAUGGUCAACAUACCCUUUUAGUGACCAACCUUGUGGAAUUGGAUUUCCUCUGGAUCGACUACUUCCUGAUAACUAGUACAUCAGGCCUUAAUGGGUCGGUACCAGCUACGACCCCGGCAGCUUUCUCCAGUUCCACACUGGGCACUUCUACAACAUCCACGAGCUUUUCAAGUACAGCAAGCAUUGAAUUGGCUUCGUCAGUGCUCCCCACCCAAAGUACUGUGGGGCAAGACGAUGGGGCAAGUGUUUUGGCAGUGUUUUCAGAAAAGCGAUGUGCGAGUUCUAACUCGAACCUAAGCGACGUGGCUGCCAUCGUAGGUGGCAUUGUAGGAGGAAUCUCCUUGAUCAUCCUGAUGGUGAUAGUGGUUGCAGUAGCAAGGCGCACAAGGCAAAGGGAACGGUCACAAUACCACAGAGAUGGCCUUUCCAAAGUUGCCUUCGAAAGCGAAUCGAAAAGAGCGUCCGAGCCAUCCAGGGGGUUAUCAGACUUCGAUGACACCACGGUUAGCACAUAUACCGCGUCUACCAGUUACUCCUUUGACCAGAGACGCAUGGUAAGAGCAACGGUGAUGGACAGACCACGUCGAGAAGUCGAGCGUCUCCCCUAG